AUGACUGACAUGAGAGGUGAUGGACGAAGUUGUCAUAAAUGGUCCGUAGAAGCAGAUGUCGAAAGCUUAGCUUGUGAUCCACACAAUGAACACACGUUUGUGGUUAGUCUUGAAAAUGGGACGGUUCAAGCAUUUGAUACGCGGACAGCUUCAUCGCAUUCAAAUUGCGGCCAGCCCAUGUUUACUCUGCACGCACACGACAAGGCUGUUUCUUCAAUAUCCUUUACCCCAUCUACCCCCAAUCUCCUUGCGACAGGUUCAACUGAUAACACGGUGGAGCUCUGGGAUCUGUCGAACAACCAGCCGUCAUGCGUCGCUUCGCUGAAUCCAAACCUUGGGGCUAUAUUUUCGGUAUCGUUUUCGAACGACAGCCCCUUCCUGCUAGCAUGCGGAGGAUCGAAAGGCAAACUGAAGGUCUGGAACACACUGUUGGAACCAGCGGUGGCUAAUAGAUUCGGCAAGUAG